UCAUUCAUUUAGCGAUUACAGCCUGCGCUUGAUAAGGAAAUCACUCUCCCCACAGUCCAACCUUUGCUCGGCUAGCAUAUAAACUUCCUGCAGAGCAGAAGUGUUUAAAGAGGAACAUCACUGCAGUAAACAGCUCAAAUCUCCUGAAGGACAGCAGACAGUGAAGUACAGCCGCCAGACACGCGCGUCGGUGUCUCUCUCUUCAGUCCGCUGUGAAUGUGGACCGCACACGGCUACAGCUGAUACCAAGAUAAAGGUGUGUGAUGAGAUGCCAUCUGAAAAAAUGGGUCGGGGUGGCAGCUGGACUCUCCAUCCUGACCAGCCUCUACGUCUACAUGCAAAGAGCACAAUCUGGCAACCUCAAGGGGUCAGUGGUCUGGACCUGGGAUCGUGAAUCUUGGAUGGAGGAUAUUAAAAGCCAUUACCUGCAUUUCAACAUCUCCAUCAAUGUUCUGGGAGGAGUUUUACAGCCGUCCAAGAAGUACCUCACGGUGGGCUUGUCGUCGGUGAAAAGAGAAAAGGGUUUUUAUCUCCAUGACACUCUCCAAUCCAUCUUCUCGGAGUCCUCAGAGGAAGAGCUGGAUCAGAUGGUGGUGGUGGUUCUCCUGGCAGACUUCGACCUGCUCUGGAUCCAGCAAACCAUGGACCAAAUCAGCCGAGAAUUCGCCGUUCAGCUCUCUAAAGGCCGUCUGCUGGUCAUCCAAGCAAAUAAAGAGCAAUAUCCUCCGCUGGCCGGUCUAAAGAGGAAUUUUAACGACGCUCCAGACCGCGUAUCCUUCCGCUCCAAACAAAACGUGGAUUAUUCCUUCUUGCUGCACUUCAGCAGCGACCUCUCGCAGUACUACAUCAUGCUGGAGGAUGAUGUGGGAUGCUCCAGAAACUUUCUUUCAAGCAUUCAACAACACAUUCGCUCCAUGACGGACUCCAAAUGGGUGACGUUGGAGUUUUCCAAACUAGGCUACAUCGGGAAACUCUACCAAUCCAAAGAUCUGCCCACUCUGGCUCGAUUCCUUUAUAACUUCUACCAGGAGAUGCCAUGUGACUUUCUGCUGUCGCAUUUCCGCAGAUUGCUAAUGCAGGAUAAAGUCAUCCGCUUCCGGCCGUCGUUGUUUCAACACAUGGGCACUUAUUCGUCAUUUCGGGGAACGUACAAUCGCUUAAAAGAUGAAGACUUUGUUCAGGAGCUUGCUGAUAAUCCUCCAGCGGAUGUCAGAACUAACAUUCAGGUAUUUAAGACGUACGUACCGGAGAAAGCGUACAGUCAGGAUGUGGAGUACUUCUGGGGCGUAUCCCCAAUUGGGACUGAAAGCUUCUUCUUGGUGGUGUUUCGAGAGGCGGUGCGCAUCUCUCGGGUGCAGAUACACACUGGAUUGGAUGGGAAAGACGAGCUGGCGUCUGCUGAUGUGGAAUUAGGAAGGGUUUUGGUGAAAGGAGAGCCUGCGGUGGAUUGUUCUGGAUUUAAGACGCUGGGUUCUCUUCAGCACGGUCAGUUUAAUGAAGAGGGAGUUCAGAAGCUGCUGCCGGACGCUGUGGUGUGUUUAAGGGUCAGAGUCACCGCUGCUCAACCUGAGUGGGUUAUUAUUAGCCGGAUCCAGGUCUGGACUGUUAAAGAUGACAAAACCAUCUGAAAUAUUUCAGGAAAAAAUGAGUGUUUGGUCUCGUUUAUGGUUUAAAUAUCUAAGAGUUCUUACAUCAAGAAGUAUUUUUGUAGACAAGCGAAUAAUAUUGUCUUGAUUUCAGAAAUAAUGAGUCAAAUUUAAGUGAGUUAAGUGACUUAAAUCAAGCUAAAUAAUCUGACAAUGGCGUAAAAUAAUCUUGUUUUCACUUUAAAUGAAGAUUAUUUAGCUUCUUCCCCCAUUCUCAGAUUAUUUUCCUUGCUUUAAGGGCAAAUUCACUUCAUUUGGACUCAUUAUUUCUGAAAACAAGACGAUAUUUGAUGCUUGAAAUGCUUCUCAACUUAAGAAUUUGGAGAUAUUUGGACUAGAAAUCAGACAGAAACUUUAAGUAAGAACAGUAUGCCGGGAAUGAAGUGUCUGUUGUGGGUUAGCAAGCCUUGAGUCUUUAAAACAGACUAAUUAAGUAAUCUGUGUGUGGGGAUUAUUAUUAUUAUUAUGUACUUUUUCCAUGGUUUUUUUAACAUAAUACCUCAUGAAAACAGGGUGUUGUGAGAUAAUUAUAUAUGGAAUAUAAUAUAUGCUAUGGAAUCUAAUAUUUGCAGUUGCAUUUUGUUUUUAUCCUACACACACACACACACACACGUAUAAUUAUAGUUAUUACUUGAACAUGAUGUACAUAUUUGUAAUUGUAAUGGUUAACUAUGUACAUGCCUAUUUUUGCAUUAUCUUUUGAAAUAUUUUGCAUAUAUGACUUGCAUAUAUGGCAUAUAUUGAUAUAUGGUGAUAUUUUUAUAUAUGUGAAAUCCAAACCCAAAUUAGUGUCAUGUGUGAUUUGCAUACCCAAAUAUCAGGUGUGUGUGUGGGUCGAAAGGUGUUUUUGAAGUAAUUUUAAAGAAAAUAUAGCCAUUUAUAAAUUAAAAUUAUAUAUAUGUAUAUAUCCAUUCAUUUUCUUUUGGCUUAGUGCCUUAUUUAUCGGGGGUCGCCACAGCGGAAUGAACCGCCAACUAUUCCAGCAUAUGUUAUACACAGCGGAUGCCCUCCGAGCCACUACCCAAUAUUAGGUAAACAUACACACAUUCAUACACUACGGCCAGUUUAGUUGAUCAAUUCCCCUAUAGCGCAUGUGUUUGGACUGUGGGGGAAACCGGAGCACCCAGAAACCCACGCCAACACGGCAACUGACCCAGCCGGGACUUGAACCAGCAACUUUCUUGCUGUGAGGCUGCUGUGCUAACACUUUAACAGGCAUCAUAAACACCUGGUUGACCCUUGAUCCAUAGGUUAUCAUUAUGAUUUUAUUUGCUUAUUACUAUUUAUCAGAGUUGUGUCAGUAUAUUAUUCAAUACGGGAUGUGAGCCAAAAACUUUCUUUUCAUGAAGUGCACCUUAAAGGGCUAACCACUGAGCCACCGUGCUGCCCUAUAUAUGCUUAAAUAUAUAUGUGUAUAAAGUUUUACUGUUUUUGUAGUUUUUAUUUUACUUCAUCCUAAAACUAAAGACAAUUAUAAAUGUUAGAGUUAUUAAAAUGAUUUGACUGGUAUGAAAGUAAUAGUUAACACACACACACACACACACACACACACACACACACACACACACACACACAAUCAAACAAA